AUGAUUGGUGACAAAGGUGUCAAUUUGAGUGGAGGACAAAAAGCUCGCAUAUCACUCGCCCGUGCUCUUUAUGCUGAUGCUGACUUAUAUUUACUUGACGAUCCACUUGCUGCCGUUGAUCCAAAGGUGGCAAAGAACAUUUUUGAUCAAUGCAUCGGUCCUCGUAGUCUUCUUCGUGGAAAGACUCGAAUAUUGAUUACACAUCAGACACAUUUCUUAGUUGAAACAGAUCAAAUGUUUCUCUUGACAAAUGGUCACAUUGACGAAUUACCUAUUGAACAACGAUCCGCUAUUGAGCUAUUGGAUGACACAUCUGAAACAGAUUCGUCGAAUAAAAAGGAAUCAGAUUGGACACUUAACACAACUAUAAAUGAUAUGAAUUCGAUUGUAAAGAGUGAGGCAUCAGUUGACGGUGCCAUUAAAUGGAGUGUUUGGCUAGGACUAUUUACUUCACCACCUCUACGUUGGUUUGGCUUUUUUCUUAUGAUUAUUUUUAUGCUUGGUAAUGAAGCUCUAUACGAUUUUACAAAUAGUUGGCUCGCUCGGUGGUCUGGUCAACGUAAAAGUGAACAACGAUCAUCAUUUUAUGCUUACGUCUAUCUUGGAGUUACAUUUGCUACAUUGAUCGUUGCAUUAAUACGUGUCGGUUAUACUUUCUAUAUUAUGUUGUGUGGUUCAACCUAUUUUCACAAUCGAAUGCUCAAAGGUAUCUUGUAUACUUCGUUACGUUUCUUUGAAAGCAAUCCAAGUGGACGAAUAUUGAAUCGAGCAAGCAAAGAUCAACAAGUAUUAGAUGAAGCGUUACCUCUAGCUUUAAUUGAUACUACGCAAAAUUUACUUAUGACUUUCGGUUCUAUCGUAAUUAUUGGAAUAAACAAUCCAUGGGUGCUUCUAAUUCUUAUUCUUUUGGUUCCUGCAGUUUUAUGGCUUCGUCGAUUUUACAUGCGUUUGAGUCGCCAAAUGAAACGACUCGAAAGUGUAACACGUAGUCCUAUUUAUGCAUUGUUCUCAUCAUCAUUAGAUGGACUCACUAGUAUUCGUGCGUUUGACGUUCAAGUAGCAUUGCGCCAUCAAAUCGAUCCGUCGGCAGCAGCACUUAGUAUCAGCUAUUGUAUCAAUUUAACAGGUCUCUUUCAAUGGGCUAUACGACAAUCAGCCGAAAGUGAAAAUUUCAUGACCAGUGCUGAACGUAUUCACGAAUACGGUCAAUUAGUGCGAGAAAGCCAUCAGAACAGUAACAAAAGUGCCGAUCUUAUUCAACCAGCAGACGAUUGGCCUUCUCGUGGUAUUAUCGAAUUCAAAGACUACACUUUUCGCUAUCGACCAGAGCUCGAUCCUGUACUUAAAAAUCUCAAUCUACGAAUUAAAUCCAAGGAAAAAAUUGGAGUUAUUGGUCGGACAGGUGCCGGAAAAUCAUCACUUCUUUAG